GUGGACGGCUGAGCGAUACUGCAAAUGUCGGUAUCGUACUCGUCGAAGGCGCACAUCUCUGCCGUAUCGAAGACACCGACAAAUAAAAGAUGUCAAAGACAAUGGGUCGCUCUUCUUCCGUCUCCUCCAUUUCCCUGCUUGAGGUCAAAGCUGAGAGUCGUCUGGUCCUCCAAGCUUUCCUCCAGCGAACACUUACUGUCCCGUUUGGAGAAAGGCCUGGCUGGGUAGGAGGAACCUACAAGGAUCACGACCGGUACAGUGUUGGUGUCAAACCAAAAGUAAAAGAUCAAAGUCAUGCCGAGGCUGAAGAUGAAAACUCACCGGACGAGAAGAAGAGGGGACUUAAAAACUUCAUGAAGCAGCUGCCCCGACGUAAUAGUCCACGCUCUUCUGCCAAGGACGGGAAAGGUUCUUUGGGAAAGGACGGCAUGCUCAAAGCACCUAAUGUCAGAGAGCAGUCAGACGAAGACGUUUUAUCUUCUUCCUCUUCAUCAGAAGACGACAAGAGUGAGAAGAAACAGACCAAACACAGCAAAAGGAUCAGGAGAAAGCUGUCCAAGUUUUUCAAGUUAAAGAUAGAAAAGGACAAGGACAAGGAAAAAGAGGGAAAUGGAUCUCUGCCUCGGCCUUCCACACUGAAACUUGACAAAACAGUCGAGUCACCACUACCAAACCUUGUUUCUCCAAAUCACCCUCCAGACUUCUACGAUGAAGUUGCACAGAAGCUGGAGAGGAUUGCCACCAGUACAAAAAGACAGAGUCCCACUCCUCAGACUUCCUUGGAUGUGCAUGACAACGAAUUGGUGGUGCAGCAGCUGGUUGAAGUGUUGUCUGUAGAGGGAGAUUCUAUGAACAAUAAGAUCCAAAUGGACCCCUUUCUCCGCUCCAGUUUGGCUCGCCUAUCGUACAACUCCUUCGCCAUCCUUCUGGACACGGUCAGCCGCACUCAGGUAGUAGAAGCUCCAGUCCUCCUUCCAACGGCGAGUCCAACUUUGCGGCGCAUUGCUGUCACGAUGGAGGUGUCAAGGCGAAUCGUGACAGCUACUGGUGCCCAACGCAUGCAAGAUUUCGCACAGAACUACAUGGAAAGCUUUGCCCCCUGGGUCAAGCAUCAGGGAGGAUGGGAGAACGUGGCAGAAAUGAAGGAUCCCAUUGAAUAUGACUGAGUUCUCCAGGAGUUUGACAACACAAGGAGGCUUUGGUGGUAUCGAUUUUCUAUUACUGUGAAUUCAUAGUCAAAUCAAUUCACAAAAUGCAUAAAUGAAGGAUGGAUUAUGAGGUGAGAGUGCACUCUUCUUACGAACGAACGAAAGCAUCCUGGCCAAGCGUAAAAUGCUCAGAAUGUGUGGCUUGAGCAACUCCAGUUUCUAUGCAAGCAGGUGUUUAAUAAUCACAGUAUUAAUAACAGUACAGUAUAGUAGUUUUAGCAGAACAGUGCCCCUGUGAAGUCAUUUUACAACUGCAUUAUGUUUUUAUAUUGUGUGAUAGAUAACGUGUAUUAAAUUAUUCCAUGUGCACAGUUGCACUCAAAACAAUCAACCAGCCGUGCUUUUAAAAGUGUAUACAGUACAGGCCAAAAGUUUGGACACACCUUCUCCUCAUUCAAUGAGUUUCUUUUAUUUACAUGACUAUUUACAUUGUAGAUUGUCACAUCAAAACUAUGAAUGUGGAGUUAUGUACUUAAAGGGGAACAUUAUCACCAGACCUAUGUAAGCGUCAAUAUAUACCUUGAUGUUGCAGAAAAAAAGACCAUAUAUUUUUUUAACCGAUUUCCGAACUCUAAAUGGAUGAAUUUUGGCGAAUUAAACGCCUUUCUAGUAUUCGCUCUCGUGAUGUCACAUCGGGAAGCAAUCAGCCAUUUUCUCAAACACCGAGUCAAAUCAGCUCUGUUAUUUUCCGUUUUUUUCGACUGUUUUCCGUACCUUGGAGACAUCAUGCCUCGUCGGUGUGUUGUCGGAGGGUGUAACAACACGAACAGGGACGGAUUCAAGUUGCACCAGUGGCCCAAAGAUGCGAAAGUGGCAAGAAAUUGGACGUUUGUUCCGCACACUUUACCGACGAAAGCUAUGCUACGACAGAGAUGGCAAGAAUGUGUGGAUAUCCUGCGACACUCAAAGCAGAUGCAUU